CGUGCCACUGCACGCAGUGCGACAACCAAAGAGAGCCCAGAUUCUAGCCUGGCCAUAAUCAGUCUCUACUUGCGUACGGUGGUUUGCAAUAUACCGUGACGUUACCAAUUAACAGCAACAAGGAAAGCUACACUUUCAAAAAGGUUGAUAUAUAUAUCUUGACCCUAUGUUGGCUCCCGACGUUCACAAUGGCGUCACACUUGAGGCAGUCGCCGGCGCUAUAGGCGUAAUGAAGCUCGACGAUUCUACGCAGUUGAAUUAUGCUACCUCUAGCGACCGGAGUCCCAUCGAUCAGCUCCCUACAGAGAUUCUCAGCCUAAUCCUGCAGCUUACACAGCCUCCUUCGGUGUUCCUAGACAGGUCUAAUCUAGGUGCCUGGCACUCUGUCUUCUGGAAGAGCCAGGGUCUCAAACUAUCUCUCAUACUCGUUUGUCGUCGGUGGUAUUCGGUUGGAGUGGAACGUCUCUACCAGGACGUCAAUCUCCGUCAUCCAGCGCAGAUCAUGGCUCUAUCCAACACCCUCUCGUCAAACUCAGAGCUAACUUCGCUUAUCAAGACGCUGAGCGUCAAUGGCAUCUCAUGGACAAUAUACAAACCAAAUUUGUCACUGAUAUCGUUUGUCAGGGACCUCAUCCAUGCUUGCCCCAAACUCUCUCGCCUGGACGUGUACGAUCUUCUCCACUGUACUGAUGUGGACGAGCUGUGGUCUAGCAUCGAUUCAUCCCCGGUUUUAACCCUCAAUAUUCACCAAGAUAGCAGUCGCCUAAGUCUGUACGGAUUCCAAGCAUGCACGUCCCUUGUCAGCCUCUCGCUCGAUCUUUCCAUUCAAAGGUCCGACAUCUGCGAGUCCGUGACACUCCCUUACCUCACGGAUCUCCACUUGCGCUUUACGUUGGCGAUUGAAAGAAUCCCAGAAAGUCUCGACGUCUUGACAGAAACGUGGACUAUGCCUGAGCUCCGCGCCAUCUCUAUCCGCACCCGGGACUGCGAGCCUGCGCCUUCGCUCGCCCGGUUUCUGAAGAAGCAUGGAGGACAUAUUCGAUACCUUUCUCUCUUCCUCAAUUGGAUCUCGCAGAGCUAUACGACUCACGUUAUCCCCACCAUGAACGACCUACCGAUGCUACUUGGCCCCUAUCCUGCGGUGGAACAUCUCGUUCUUGGUCCAUUCGAUACGACGUGGGCAUCAGCACUCCGCCACUCUGAGGUGAAGUGGCUUGAUGUAUUCUUGGAGACGAGGCUUUUCAGCACUGAGGUCAAGCGGGCUUCGGUCGAGCGCGAUCUUCGCGGGGCGGAGUUCCCGAAACUUCGCGGGCUGCGGCUGAUUGAUCGGGCGCUUACGUUUUCGCUCUCAGAGGACCUGCCUCGAGCGCUGCCUCCGCAAGAGGGUCCGGGCGACGGAGAGCGAUGGACGUGGCAGUAUCCGGGGAUGCAUAUUGAGUACCGAAAGGGAGUGCUGGAGCGCAUGAACGAUCGGUAUCUGGACACGUUUAUCGAUGCGUCUGUUGAUGCGUUCUGUGAUGAGGCGAGCGACGCGAGCUCAAGCUCUUGUUCUUGUCAGACACUUUCAGAUUCUGAUGUGGACGGAGAGCAUGACGAGGACGAGGAUGAGGCAGAACCCAGUCCACACUCUGAAGAAGAUAGCGUGGGGUCAGACCUGGACACUGGCACGGACAGCACUUGGUCGCAGUGCACUGGCGCUUCUCUUUCAUUCUCCGAGGUGUCCUUUCCCGCUGACUCUUCCGAGUCAGAGUUAGGACUCGAGGAGAGCGGAGGCCAUGAAUAGUAUCUGUAUAUGAUAGGUAUGCUAAUAGCCCUCUGACUUUGUCUGGCACUAAACUCUGUAGCCCUUUUGUAUAAUAUCCGUCAAUC